GUGGGAUUGCAUCACUUCUGUUUUUGGAUGAACGGUAAUUGUAUUAAACCCCCAAAAAUAACAUUGUACAAUGUGUCACACAAGAUCAAAAGGAAGGCUAUCUAAGUUAGAAAAAAAUCUAACCUAAAUAUAAUGCAUCACCCUGAAAAUCCAUAAAGAGAAACAGACAGAAGAGUUAUCACCACACCACAUCCUUCUAAAAGAAAAACAAAUAGACAGUUAGCCCAAACCCUUUUGAGCCGAUUUUUUGUCUCUAGCUUCCUCCAUUUUCUUCCUCAGUUCCAUAAUUUUUUUCUUACAUUCUUCAAAGAUUUCCUAAUCUUCGGCACAUAGGCCUAUUCUUCCAGAGUCCGAUUCCUCACUUUCCGAAUCUUCCGGUGAGGAGGUGUCCCCGUUCAAUUCACAGUCCUGCACCUUUUCCAGCUCGCUAGCAACAUCAAUAUUGAUACGUUCGUAAUUUCCAUAUUUAUGUUUGUAUUUUUAAUUAGUUUUGCUUGACCUUUACUUUGGAAAUUACACACUUUUGGUGUAAUAGAUUAGUUUGUUAAAUUCUUGUAAAUAGGUUAGAUUAGAUAUAUUAUGAGCUCAAACAGGCAUUGAUCACUCGAAGUACAGUUGGUGAACCCAAAAAGUGGAAAGAAGGUGCAAAAGUCAAAGACAAAAGAAGAUCCUGAAUUUUGGUCUAUACUCGGUCGAGUAUUAGCUAUACUCGAACGGGUAUUAGGUUGGAACUUCAAAUCGGAUCAGAUCCGAAGACAAGGGAACAUGCCGGGAAGAUUUCGGCCACGAUUUUAUGUCUAUGCCCAAUCGGGUAGAUCGACAUACCCGAUCGGGUAUGCCUUUGAAUUUCAGACGAAGAUCGGUCGAGUAUGGUCCGAAUACCAUUAUCUAAGCAUACUCGACCGGGUAUUAAUAUAUACUCGAUCGGGUAUAGUUAUAGAAAAUAGCCUGAAACCGGUCGAGUAUAUCUCGGAUCGAGUGUUACACACGUACUCGAUCGGGGGUACCAUGUAUAUACCCGAUCGAGUACCCGAAUCCCAUCCCAAAAGCCUAUAAAUACACCUCCUUUCCUUCACAAAAAGAUAUCCAAUUCCUUUGUACAUCUAAGCUCAGUAUAGAAUAGCUCUUUCUUUAUAUUUUUCAUCAUGUUUAGUCUCCAAAUGAGGAGCUAAACUCUUCCAUCUUGGUUUUGCUACUUUGAAGCUUAUAUAGGUUGAAUUAAACUCAUAUAGGUUGUUUAUCUUAGUGUUUUUAAAGCAAACAAAUCUAAACCCCCCUUUUUUGUUACUAUUUAUAUAAAAGAAAAGUAUUCCUUUCCCUGUGGAUACGAACCUUACUACACUAUACUACGUAUUAGUGUCGUAUUGAUUAAGUAUUUUGAGUGCACCUAACGACAAGUGCACGUCAAGUAUCAUCUGGAAUUGUUUUACCAUCCUCCUCAGCCUCGACCUCGUCAUCCCUUAUUGUUUUAAAUUUUGUCUCCCUGCCCUUAAUCACCGUCUUCUCUUCCUUCUCUUCUUUAGCCAUUUCCCGUUCUUUCGCUGCCAGUUUUUUGCAAAUAAAUGGGUGGUGCCCAUAUUCUUUGCAAUGAAAACAGAAGUUGGGGAAGGUCUCGUACACCACAGAUUGAUUGACUACUUUACGGGAAGGUAGCUGAAUAGGAAAUGAAAGCGGUGGUGGUUUGGAAACAUCAACCUCAAUCAAAACCCUAGCAUAGAGAUGGUUGCUCCUGUCUUGGGUUACUUUAUCCGUGGAUAAUGGGACCCCAACCAUGGAAGCAAUCUCACUCAUAGCUUCCUGAUUCCAAAGCUUCAUGUGUAAAUUGGGGAAAUUUCACCCAAAUGGGGACCUUAAGAAAUUCAUCAUCAUCAAAUGAAAAAUCCUCCGAAAGAGCUUUCAACAUUAGUUGUAUACCAAAAAUGGUAUAAGGUCCCCCCUUCAACACUUUUUGUCUAUCUUCUUCAUUGUGAAAUUUAAAAAUAACCCACCCCUUUUGGUGAGUUUUCACAAUGCAACUCACACCCCAAGUAUUUUUCAAUUCAUAGAUGACCUUAAGUCCGGGAUGUUUCCCGGUAAACAUACCAACAAGGCAAAAACCCCACAUCUCAAUCAUGGAGGGAAGUUUCCUAUCAACAAAGUCUAGGGAGUUGCCUUUUGGCGGGAUAUACCUCAGUUUGAUACCAUUUGAGGGGUCUCGGUUAUCUUUGAAGAGUGCAGACCAUGUCUUCUGUCUCAGUUGUUCCAGCUGCUCAGACAACAUCUCAUCUAGUUUCCCAUUUUGCACCAUAUUACUGGCAGUAGCACAAGUCUUGCUAGGAAUUGUUGUAGUCCCAGGGGAAUCAACAACUUGGAUCCCUGCAGCAGCAAAAGGCUUGCUUGGAACUCUUGCAGUCCUUGGGGUAUUAGCAUGGUCACAGUUUGGUUUUCCUGCAUCACUUCUUCUUCCUAGAGGACGUACUGUGCACUCAAGGUGUGCUAUUCCACUCAAUGUUACUGAAGACUCAACCUGCAAUAUAAAGCGUGGUAGUGUGUUGGCUAAAUUAAUUCAAAUGGCCAAGUUUAUUAUUUGGGAUGAGGCCCUAUGAUACACAGGCAUGAUUUGCCCACAACAAAUUAAAUUAUAAUCUAUUCCAUUAAAUUACAAUAUAAUUUUAUUAAAACAAAAAAUAGUAGUAAUAUGUAUUUUAUUGAAUGUGUUCUCAAAAAAAGAAAAACUCUAGGAAAUUUUUAAUUAACUUAUGGUUCAUUUUGGGAAUUAUUAGUUUUGCCAUAUUUGAAGAUCACAUCACACCAUUGGAGGUUGAUAAUCCUUGUUGUGGUUGCUCCUACAAUUGCAACAGUGGGUUUAGUUUUUUACACAUGCAUGUGAAUACUGUACAAAUUGAUUAGUUUUAUAUGAUAUAAAUAAAAACUUUGACUAGGAUAAAAACUUAAACUGAAAUGCAUUCCUUUUUUUCUUUCAGAGUAAAGCCGCCGCCAACAUGUAAAUUAAGGCCACAUAAAGUUUCUUAAGUUUUAGAAUUUCUGGAACACUCCUCACGCUCUAUUCACCAUCGCUUGCCUCAAGGGCUUAAGAGGGCUUUAUGUUGGUUUUUACCCUGCUGUUCUUGGAUCAACUAUUUCAUGGAGCUUAUAUUUUUACUUUUAUAGCAUAGCAAAGAAAAUGUACAUGAAAGACAUGAAGGAGUCAAACCCCGAUUUUCAUCUUGCUUCAGCUUCUAAAGCAGGAGCUUUGGUAUGGUUUUGCACCAAUCCUCUUUGGCUUGGAAAGACAAGAUUGCAACUGCAGACUCCUCAACAUCAUACUCGCCCUUAUUAUGGCUUUCAUGAUGCUUUAAAAACCAUAAUGAAAGAAGAAGAGUGGAAGGCACUUUACAAGGAAAUUGGACCAGGUAAGUUAUUAUCCUCUUAUAUCCUUAACCAACCUUGGCACUUAUCAUCAAGGCACGAGGGUAUGGUUCUAAUCCUUGAUACGUUGAUACACUCACAAUUAUAUUUAUGUGCUUUUUUUAUGUGUGCAACGUGCUAUUCAGUGAGGAUAAAAUGUAUGUCGUCGAUGGCUCACUUCUCACCAUUGAAGAUUAUUGUUUGCUUCCUUGCAUAGGUGCUAUUGCAGAUGUUUAGGCCUUUUUAUUUCCUGUAGAUGAUGUUUUAGCACAAUUCUAUAAUUUAAAGUGUAUUUUUUUCUUUUGGAUUGUGCUUUAUUACAUUUAUGACUUCAAGGGUAUGCCCCUAUGAAUCACGUACAUUUAUAUGAAAACAUGAGAUAUAAAUAAAGUAAUUGUCCUAAGUAGGACUAAAACAUAAUGAAAAUGCACUAAUAGGACCUUAAUUUUUUUAUUCCUUAAGUAGGACUAUAUUAGUCCUAUGUAAAAACAUAAUAAACUUUCAUACCCUUAAUACCCUUCUUUUAAUUAAUUCCUAAAAUUCCUUAAUUUCCAUCCUAUUCUCUCUCCUUGCACGAUCAAUUACCUUUCUCCUUGUGCUUAGGAAUAGAUCGACUUCUCCUGUUCUCCCCUACAACUUCUCUUCUUGCAUCGCAGCCACCGCCGUCUCUCCCGCCUCAGGCCGCUAUCGUCACUACCGACUUCGCCACACGCUGUCACUGGUUUCCUCUCUUCUUCUUCUUCUUCUUCUUCUUCUUCUUCUUCUUCUUCUUCUUCUUCUUCUUCUUCUUCUUCUUCUUCUUCUUCUUCUUCUUCUUCUUCUUCUUCUUCUUCUUCUUCUUCUUCUUCUUCUUCUUCUUCUUCUUCUUCUUCUUCUUCUUCUUCUUCUUCUUCUUCUUCUUCUUCUCCUCCUCCUCCUCCUCCUCCUCCUCCUCCUCCUCCUCCUCCUCCUCCUCCUCCUCCUCCUUCUCUUCUUCUUCUUCCUCUUCUCCGAUCUUCUCCGAUCUCCUCCUCCUUCCCCUCCUUCUUCUCCUAUUCCUCUAUUUAAAUGAGAUUUGCCACUGAUUUUUCUAGUUUUCCUCAUAUUGUUACAUUUCCCUGGGUUUUGACACUGAUUUUGCCAAUUUUAGGAUUUUUUUUGUAUUUUCUGACUUUUUGUUUCAGAUUUCUUAGUUUUUUUAAAAGUUCAAAUUAUCCAAAAGUUUGGAUGAUGGCUUCAGAUUUUGCCAAGUUUAUGGCAGAAAUGUGUACACCAACACCCAUAUAAUGGCAAAAACGUUUUUGUGUAAAUCGAUUUUGCUAAAUUUUUGUCAUUCGCCUCGUAUAUUUAAUUUUAGAUUAUGUUAUGGUGCUUAUUUCAUUUUUUUUGAAUUUUUGGUUAUUGACUUCAUUUUUUGCCAAAUUUAUGACAGUCUCGUGUAAAACUCCAAGAUAAAUCUGCCAACUUUAUGGCAAAUAUGAAAAACCUUAUUGAUGGCAUAUUUCAAAUACUCUUGAAAGUUAAAUCUUCCAACGUAAUGGCAGAUGUAUGGCGUCAAAGCUGUGAUGACGGCGGCGGUGCUCGAAGUUGGGGUGGUGGCCAUGGUGCACCAGAGAUGGCGGAGGAUGGUGACGGCGACAAAUUGUAACGCUGGUUGGGCUACACCACUCGGCGGCGAUGGAUGGUGGCACUAGGGAGGGGUUAAAUCGGUGGUUGAACAUUGCACGAUGUUUGCCUUUUUUUCCGGAAACUGCCAUCUAAACUAAUUAAUUAAAAACUAACUAAUUAUGAUUCAAGGAUAAAAUUGGCAAAGCAGACCCUUUUAAGUCCUAGGAAACACCACUCACUUUCUAGUCCUAUUUGUGCACAUGAAACUAAUUUUAGUCCUAAUGGGUCAUUAAGUCAUGUAUAUAUCCAAAAGAUUUCUCACUAAAGUAGGAGAGAUUUGUAGUUUACUUCCAUAUAUAGCAAUAUACAAAAACAUGGCAAGAUCUACCACCUUAAAUCUCAAUAGCCUAAUAACGUUACUUUUAAUGCAUAUUAAGGGGUUUACUUAUAUAGGAGAUUACUUACUUUGUUCCUAUAUAUACAAAAUAUAUGUGCACAAUUUGGUAAUGUUUUUUUUUUAAUUUUUGAUUUAUUCAAAAAAAUGUAAUUUGUUUUUUUCGAAUUUUAUUUUUCUGUUUAAUUAAUUAAAUGUUUUUCAUUUAGUAAGUUAUCGUUUAUUGUAAUAUUUUGAAUAUAUUGUAAAUAAAAUAACCAUACUUAAAUAACACGUUAAUUGAUCUACAAGUAUGAUUAAAAAUUUAUAUAUUGCUCUUUCUAAUCAAGAGAUAAAUAGUAAUUAGAGAUGCUAUAUUAGUAUUAUUAUUUAUAAGAAUAUGUGAAGUGUAUAUAUUCAUAUAUGUCUCUGAACUUGCAAUGAAACGAAUUUUGAAAACUUAAUAACUUUGUAAUUCAGCCUCAUUCAAUAUUAAUAUUAGCCAUAAUAUUAUUACUUUGUCUGUAAAUAGUAAUAAAGUCAAUACUCUUAAACACUCAAAAUAACACUCACAAAAUAUUAAAUGAAAAUUCAAUGGCAUUGAGAAGUCUAAGAUCAAACUUGUUUGAAACAAUAUGUGAACAAAAGUAUAAAAGGCGGUACUGAAUCAAAUAGAAAAUAAUAAUUCAAUAUCAUGACUUUUCAAUCUUGACGGGCUUAAGUUUCUUGUUGCUUGAGCCCUGUAUUGAGCAGUUGACAUCACAAAUGACUGCUUCUUCCAAUUCUCGACAUCGUCCACUUGAUUUUGGAGUUCCUUUCCCAUCAGUUUCAGUGUCUUAAAUAACCCGCAACAAAAAAUUUGUAAACUGCCUCUCAAAUUUAUUAUUUACUAUGUUUACUAUUCUGGUGAAGUCGACUGAAUGACGUUGUUACGUUAUUAUUAUAAUACCAAUGGUGAAGUAGUUUUGCUUUUGCACUUUCCUAAGCUAAUCUAUUAGCUAUUUUGAUGCACAUUUAAGCAGUUUUCCAGAUCAAUUACAGUAUACCACCAACAUAAUCUCGUGUGUGAAUCCGUAGAGUUAAGGUAUUACCACAUUUGAGUCUAUUGUCGGCAAAGAUUCAAAAAGAAAUUCCAAGUUAAGGUACAAUUCAGAUGAAUUGUACGCCUCUGGAUAAUUUUUAAGUUUUAAAAUGGAUAAAUAUUUAAUGAAACAAAGAUAUAUUAAAACGUUUGAGGUAUAUUACCUCAGAACUCGUUCCCUCACUUCCUGUUGCCAACUUGAAUUGCUUUAUUUUUUCUUUAUCACUCGAUAUCAUGCCUAUUACAUAAACCUCUUCACCAUAGUUAGAGUCUGUGUUUGCAGACAUGGUUUUGAAUAGAUAUUCUUGUCCGAUCAAUUCAGAUAUGACUUCAGGGCAACUGAUAGGUCUAAGUGUUGCCUACAAACAGUUAGUUGUUUGGAAAUUAUAUGUUACAGUAUAUGAAUAUAAAUAUAUUUUUAAACAAAUAAUUUAAAUAUGAAGUACAUAAGUACCACAUCGAGGUGUUCGUGAAAAUCUCCUGCCGCCUUUCCAAAUAGUAGUCGUCCUCAUCCCAGAACAUUACAUCUGCAAAGUUUGUCCCAUGCCUGAAUUUCAUUUUCAAAGUAUAUCGCCAAACACCCUCAUCUCUACUUCUACCGCACUUGCUGCACACUACAUGUUCUUCACGCAGUUUCUUACAACACUUCGCGUCACCACAACAAAAAUAAGCCAAAUUCCGUGAAGAAAAUGUGGGAUGUAUCACACCAUAGAACCAUCAUCCUCGAACAUCUGCAUUGAAUAUAAGCUUUGAGAAGAGGUGUAUGUAAUAUGAUGCAAGCUAUGUUUAGAAUAUAAGAUGUUUCUUCUUUCUCAUACAAGUUCUUCAAAUUUAAUAAACGGUAUAAAGAAGUUUACACUGUUGAGCAUUGCAUAUAUGUUUACAAAAUUAAACAUGAUUACUGUUUAAUUUUAGAAUUGCUAAAACAAAUAAACUAUCCCUGAGGCAUUAAUAAGAGAAAAAAUUUAAACGAUACUAUGUAAUUAUUACUUAUCAAAUUAAAGAAUAUAUUAUAAUUUAUAUAUUACUCUCAAGAUCGAAUAUCAGAGGCAUUUGAAAAUUGUGUUAUAAGACACGUUAAUGAGAAACAUGGACCGAUAGGCACUACUAGAAUUUUCCUUAUUUGCUUCUCUCCAAUUGCUGCGGUUCUUAUCUAAACCGCAACAAAUAAGCAAAAUUUAUAAGUAUUUGUUGCAGUUCCUUUACGACCGCAACAAAAAGUAGGAAAAAUUCAUACCUUUUGCUGCGGUUGUAUAGGAACCGCAGCAAAUACUUACUAUAUUUCGAAUUUAAUUUUUUUUUGCUGAAGCUUUUUGCCGCGGGUAAAGGUGAACCGCAUCAAUCGUUAUGUAGUUGCUGCGAUUGUAUGGAGAACCGCAGCAAAAGGGGGUAUUUACCCUCUUUCCGACCUUUCAAUCGGCAAAAACCAGCUAGCCCCCUCCCAGAAAACCCUACGGGCCAAUUAACCUUGGUGCAACCACCGAAGCCAAGUCGCCGACAGGCCUUGCUGACGGCCCUCACCGACGUCCAUCGCUGACGUAAUUUUUGGCGCCGUUCAGAGGUGCCGUCCGAAAAAUGAUAUGUGCAGAUUAUCAGUGAAACUGGCCACUUCUCCAUGGUGCAAUCCGUCUCUCGUUCGAAUCUCAGGUCAUCUCUCUUUCUCUCUGGAUAAGCUUUACAGGGUUGGACAAAUUUCUACAGCAGAAUGCCAGCACACAGACAAACACCUAUACUAUAUAUAGAUACGCUUGGGUGCGUGUAUGGAUGCAUAUAUUAUGCUCAGAUGGAAUUUUAUGCAUUUAUAGAUUCCAUUACUUCAGGUCGUUCAGUUUCACUUAGUUGCGAUUGAAGUUCCAAUGUCCAGAAGCAUUUAUACAUUAAGAAGAUGUUUUGGGUAGUUUAUUACCAAGUGCAAAAACAAAUUACAUUCUUGUUUUAUUUUGGUGAAACAACGUCUGAUACAGGAGUUGGCAUUACUCUGGAGGAAUACCAACAUUUGAGGUACCAAAUGGCCCUGUUCAGGCUAGUAAAUGGGCUGCGGGAUUAGUUUCCUUGCGUGGAUUGAAGCAUAAAGAAAGGGUAAAUUCCACUUAGGUCGGGUUCUGUUUGCAAUUUACAAUUUUCGAGUUCUCCAAAGCAACCAACAAUGGCUUUGAACCCUCAAUCCCCUAUUUAUUCCUGCUGGAACCAACAAAUCAUCGACUAUUCAUCCACAACCACUUCGACCUGCUCUUCACCGCCUUUCACCACAGCCCUUUUCCAUCCUCCUCUCAAGAGUUUUCUGGGACUAGGGUUUCACUCUUCAGGAGGCAGCUCAAUCCUCUAUGGCGGGCAUCAUCACGCUAUUUGCAAACUACUCAUUUCUCUAACAAUCUUAACCAGCAAGGUAUUUCUGACAAAGAUAUGCAUAACUUAAACCUCUACAUGAAAAACACCGUUUCUUCUAAGAGACUGACUAGACUGCCUUCAACCUCAAAGAAUGGCGCACAUUUCAGGAUAAAAACUUAAUUCAUAUUAAUAAGAUCAUUAUCCACGAUACAUGAUAAGAAGUCCGGAGGAUUAGAAAACCAAGCGUGCAAUUCAGAAUCACCAUAGUGUAAUUUGCUGUUGGUUGCAGUUGAACUGUUGGUUGAUUACUAUAACAUGCCUGCAUCAUGCACGGAAAAUUUUAUUAUGGGCAUUGAGUGUGGUUCUUUAACUUUUCCGGUAGAAAGCGUCACCAGCCUAAGAACAGAUUUUGAGGAUUAUGUCCUUAAGCACAGGGAUAAACUGGACAGUGUUUGUCCUUCUUGCUUUUCAACUGGGUUUCUUGGAGUACCGGACGAGAUCAAUAUUUGUCGAGAGAUGAAGUGUGUGAAGUUUGCGAUGCAUUGGUGAUACAAGUGUGUGAUAAUUUAUUGUAAACUACUACGUAUUAGUUUUUAUAAACUUUAAAAGAUGAGGAUUUCUAUUGUAUGUAUAAUGAACUUUGGUGAUGUAUACCUUAGUUCUUUUGGAAUUAUGGUUUUGUUUUGUGAUGUAAGAUGCUCUUGUUGUAAUUUGAAAGUUUCUUAUUUUAUAAAUAACAUAUGUUUUGGUUUGAAACACCAUGUUUGUAAACUUGGCCAUUGCGG